AUGGGUAAGAAAAUUAUGAGAUUCAAGAAAGGUACACCAGAAGAGGUUGUCAAUAAAGUGGAAGAACAAAUCAAAGCCCAAGGAGGUCAAAUUACUGGUAGAACCAAAUUAACAGGAUUAACUUUAAUGUACACCAUUCCAGAUAAUACAGCUCAUUCUUUUUCAGCCGAAUCAUUUGCUGCUGCAUCUGAACACAUUGAGGAUAUUGAGAAUGAUCAAGUAGUUACCAUUCAAUAA